CGUGUGGCUUUUAAGGGGCGGCCCGUCGCCUGAGAGGGAGGUUCCUCUGAACAGCGCAGCUCCGCUCAUUCUCGCUCCCCUCGCAGCAAAAGCAGAACGAUGGCAGAAGCCGCUCCCGCUCCAGCCGCCGCCGCGCCGGCCAAAGCUCCCAAGAAGAAGCGCGCCGCUCCGCCCAAGAAAGCCGGCCCCAGCGUCGGCGAGCUCAUCGUCAAGGCUGUUUCGCAGUCUAAGGAGAGGAGCGGCGUGUCUCUCGCCGCCCUCAAGAAAGCUCUGGCUGCCGGCGGCUACGACGUGGACAAGAACAACUCCCGCGUCAAGAUCGCCGUUAAGAGCCUCGUGACGAAGGGCACUCUGGUGCAGACCAAAGGCACCGGCGCCUCGGGUUCCUUCAAGCUUAACAAGAAACAAGUCGAGCCCAAGAAGAAGCCGGCAAAGAAAGCGGCGCCGAAAGCCAAGAAGGCGGCCGCCAAAAAGCCCGCCGCUGCUAAGAAGCCCAAGAAGGUAGCAGUGAAGAAGCCCGCGGCCGCUAAGAAAUCGCCGAAGAAAGCCAAGAAGCCGGCGGCCGCCAAGAAAGUCGCCAAGUCUCCCAAGAAACCUAAGAAGCCCGCGGCACCGAAGAAGGCGGCCAAGAGCCCGAAGAAAGCGAAGGCGGUCAAACCCAAAGCUGCCAAGCCCAAGGCGGCGAAAAAGGCCGCCCCCAAGAAGAAGUGAACGCGCCGUUUUACCUUCGUGUCCCGUUUUCCCCGCUCAAAAACGGCUCUUUUAAGAGCCCCCCACAUUUUCCACUGAAGGAGCUUGGUUUUCUUUCGCUCUGCACAACGUCUAAAACCUCCCAGACGGUACCUGCAGGUGAUCGAUGCAGUAGCUGAACUGUAGUUACAUGGCUGAGAGUGAGGGGGGAAUGGGCGCAGUGCAGGCGUGCAGUGUGAGUGUCUGACCAGCGAUACGAACAUCACGUACAUAGUGAAUGUGUAGCGCUGCGUUAGUGGAGUAAGAGUUAAGCGGGAAGAUCACCGUGUGUGUGUGUGUGUGUGUGUGUGUGUGUGUGUGUGUGUGUGAAAAGCGUUCUGCUCAGUUUUUACCCAGAACUACUAACUAAGAUCAAGCCGCGCUCCAGUGACACGAGGGGCUGAAUAAAAGCAGCACCGAACAUGUAGUUUAGUUAUUAAUGUGCUGAUCAGAGAAAACACGGAGCACAAAGACCAGUCGCCACAAAAAAAUGUGAACCUGCAAGCAGCGGAGUAAGAGAGACUUUGGUAACGUGUGGAAACGUCGUGUUACUGAGUGACUAACAAACCCGCUGAGAUUAGAUGCUGUUCUGGCUCAAACACUGUGUGUCCUGCUCACCUCCACCAGCUGAGACCCCGCUGUCCUGUUCACCUCCACCAGCUGAGACCCCACUGUCCUGUUCACCUCCACCAGCUGAGACUCCACUCUCCUGUUCACCUCCACCAGCUGAGACCCCAACUGUCCUGUUCACCUCCACCAGCUGAGACUCCACUGUCCUGUUCACCUCAAACUGCUGAGACUCCACUGUCCUGUUCACCUUCACCUGCUGAGACCCCACUGUCCUGUUCACCUCCACCAGAUGAGACCUCACUGUCCUGUUCACCUCCACCAGCUGAGACCCCUCUGUUCUGUUCACCUCCACCAGCUGAGACUCCACUGUCCUGUUCACCUCCACCAGAAGAGAAUUAAUCUGCAGUGGACGCUAAAUGCUGCAGUUGACCUCUGAACUUUGAAAUGACCUUGGAAAACCCUAAUCCACAGACUCUUGACACGGAAUCUCAUUAUGAUCCAGUAUUUAUCCCUGUGUGUCGUUUGGAAUGUUUCCAGUAUUAUCUAAAAGGACAAGGUUGCUCCCAGUUUGUCCAGCAGUUUCUGAGAAUAAACAAAUUCACGACUGUAAUCGGAACUGAAAAAAAUCAGCGACCAUAAAAGUGUAAAAAACA